UCAUUGGUCGCUUCGCACUUCAACAUCUUAAGGCUUCUCGACUUCACUUCACUUCACACUCCGCCGAGUCUCACUCAGCAGAGCCGCGGCGUUGACUUCAACUAUUCUCGGACUUUCUUCAUGAAGUGAGUCUUAACAAGUAGAAAGUAGUCCGGUCGCUAUUUAAGGAUGUUUCUUGGACUUGUGACGUUGGCGCUGCUGACGGCCUGCCGGGCGUCCGAGUACGAGCAACAUGUGAGCUGGAAGUGGGACUCGUACCAGGGAGGGCGCAGCUACGGCAAGCCGCCGCAGUGCGUGGACAUCCCGGAGGACCUGCGGCUGUGUCACCAGGUGGGCUACGGACAGAUGCUGCUGCCCAACCUGCUGGAGCAUGAGAGCCUGGCGGAGGUGAAGCAGCAGGCGGGCAGCUGGGUGCCGCUGGUGCACAAGAGGUGUCACCCGGGCACGCAGCUCUUCCUCUGCUCGCUCUUCGCGCCCGUCUGCCUGGAUACACCCAUCCUGCCCUGCCGCUGGCUGUGCGAGGCCGUGCGGGACGGCUGCAGCCCCAUCAUGGAGUCCUUCGGCUUCCCCUGGCCGGAGAUGCUCACCUGCGACAAGUUUCCUCAAGACGACGUCUGCAUCGCCAUGUCUCAGCCCAACGCCACCCAGCCCACCGAGCACACAGAUAAAUUGGAUUGA